AUGCAGUUCCCACAAUUUAGUUUUGCAACGUCUGGAACUGUCGACGUAUGGGGCUGCGAGCAAGAUAUGAUACUACCUUGCCUCAGACCGAUUCUUUCGAAUUCUGUGCGUUCUUUUUGCGAUUCGCCCCAUUGUCCUCAAGAUGAAAAAGUGCUGCAACGUUCCUCAAUGUUGAUUGUGAAUGGCGGGCUGGAAAGACUUGAAGGACAAACUUAUUUGGAGUUAAUGCUCGCAGCGUGGUUACAUCCACCACCUGAAUUAUGUGGGGCAGAAUUCCACCAGAAUCCACCACCAGCUGCAAAGACAAGACAAAUUGAACCCUGGGUGCUAAUAUCUGAGACUGACGUGACUGAAAGCGAUUAUUGUGGAGGAACACGUCCGUUUGAGUCCAAAGAAUUCGACAGAGGUCCCCCAUGGGUGUUACCAAUCUUUCUUGGCAAUCUCGCCCAGACUAAAAACCUGAAAGAUCCAGAAGAGUUGCCUUCCCAUCUCCAUUUACUCGAUUGUAGAUAUUCACUCGGAGGUCUUACAUUCUGGACUAGAGUUCAUUACAACGGCAGGUUAUUCUAUCGAGGAAAAUGGUAUGAUUACGAUGGUAUGCACCGGAAUCCUCUUAGUGAUAUUCAGCAUGCGUCCGUCCCUGCACCGGUAGGAUUCAUUUUAACCUCGUGUCUAUUUUAA